ACACUUGUCUCAUCUGUGUUUUCAAGAAGUGCCUCUUUAGACAUAACAAAGGCAAUGCAUUCAAUUCAAUCACAAGCAAAAGCACGUCUCACUGAUCCCAGAAUCAAGGGUAACCAAGAGUUAGAGGAGAAGAUGAAGAAUAAUAAUGACACAAAAGUAAGGCCUAACGACAGGGAAGUCAUCAUCACUGUCUAUGUUGAAUCAGAUUCCCUCUCGCAUCAUCCCAUUAAGAAGAUUAAUCCCAACACAAUCUGCAGAAAGCCUCAUCAGACUGCGACAACACGCGUCUAUGAUCGCCGGGCUCAUCUGCUUGCUUAUGCUCAAGAGCUAAGAAAAACUGCUAAUUCCCAACAGGUGCACUGGCCUAAGAAUGGCUCAAAGCCUAAGCACAAGCUAAAUAGAAAUAGGUUCACAACUCCAGUGAGACUCCGGAGACCAAAAGGUAGCAGAUGGAGGUAUCAGCGAUUAGUACCAGAAGUUGACAUACCGUGCAAUUCCAAAUGGAAUAGUUGCAGCAACAGAAAGGCUACCGAAUCAAAAAGGAAUUCGAACAUUAUGAGGAAGUUGAGGUGUAUGCUGAGAGGAUUGAUGCACUGCAACAAAGGUUCCCAAGUUGAACGGAAACAUCAUCAAGCUGAUUGAUCAUUCAAUUUUGUUGUUGUAUUAGUGUAUCAGUUAUGGAUGUUGAUCAUCUAGUUGAUUGAGAUUAAAGUGAAUAUUUGCUUGAGAGGGUCUUGUUCCUUUCACCCCACUUAUCCAGUUCUGUUUGUUACAGUAGUGAUUUCAGAUCCAUUAUAUCCUCCAUGUGUGGAACUUUUGUCACAUCAAAUAGGUGCACGUGUAGAAGUAAGCAUCGAACAUCUUGCCAAGUCAAAACACUAAAAUGAGGAAAAUUUUGCGGCAUUAAUCCACCCAUAGGAGAGAAUCCAAACCCUGCAAGUAAUUUGCUAACACAGGCUAAUUAUUUGGACUAAUGUGUAUAUUUUCAUACAUAUUUUAUAAGAGGGAUAUGGUUAACAUAUUGAUUAAACAAAUUGAGAAAAUGGAUCAUAUGCUUGUUAGGAUAUUGAACUAAUACCCCAACAAGCAUCUGGAGUUGCAGGCAUAACCACCUUAAUUCGGAAAACAACUCCCAACCUCAAAAAGCUUCAAUAGAUUGUUUUUAACAUAUCCCGUGCGUAGUG